AUGAUUUUACUUCUAUCUACUUUAUUAUGUUUAGAUGAUGACAAAACUUCAGAACUAAGAGAAUUGGACUAUGCUCAUCCAGUUGUUGCCAAGUUCGACAGGUUAUUGGUUGAAGGAAAACACAGUGGUUUUGGAUGUUUUUAUCUCUCUGAGAACCUCAAUGAAAAUGACGAUUACUCAUUCUGGGUUCAAAAAGAUGAUCAAGAGAAUACAUAUGACAUGUCACCGGCGUUACCCAUGGCCCUUGAUCACCCUUCUGGUGCACCAUUAAAUUUGUAUAAUGAUCAGCACAUGUGCCUGCAUUUUGGGAUGACUGGUGAUGGGGACAGAGAUAAAUGCAUAAAUCCCGAAGGCUUUGCUAGAUUCCUGGGUUUGCUUGAAUCCAUCCCUAUCCAUAGUACUGGUUCAACUCAUGAAUCAAGUGAGCAUGCAACACCAGACUUGAGGUAG